AUGCUCAGUUCGGUCUGUGUCUCCUCUUUCAAAGGGUGCAAGAGUGGGAACAAAUCGUCCAACAAAGGAUGUUACACUGCAGACAUGACUUGUCCGUCGGAAAGCGAGAAAAUCGUGAUAAACUGCGGGGGGGUGCGGCAUGAAACCUAUCGAAGCACACUAAAAACGUUGCCCGGUACCCGCUUAUCUUGGCUUACCGAGCCAGACGCCUUUGGCAACUUCGAUUACGACCACAGAAACGACGAGUUCUUCUUCGAUCGCCACCCAUCCGUCUUUUCAUUUAUCCUCAACUAUUACCGCACGGGGAAGUUGCACUGUCCGAACGAUGUGUGCGGUCCGCUGUUCGAAGAGGAGCUGGCAUUCUGGGGCAUCGAUGAGACGGACGUGGAGGCGUGUUGCUGGAUGAAUUACCGCCAGCACAGGGACGCAGAGGAGGCGCUGGACAGCUUUGAGAAUCCCGAACCGGAGUUGGCAGAGGACGACCCAGCGCUACCAGGACAUGAAGGGGACAUGAAAAGACUGUGGCUGCAUGAGGACGGAAGGAAAAAGACUUGGUGGGAAAUCUGGCGGCCCAGAAUGUGGGCCCUUUUUGAAGACCCCUAUUCCUCAAAAUAUGCCCGGUACUGCGCAUUCCUCUCCCUUUUGUUCAUCCUCAUCUCCAUCUCCACCUUCUGCAUGGAGACGCAUGAGGCCUUCAACACCAUCUACAACAAGACGGAGAACGUGACGGAGGGAAACGUGACGCGCGAGGUGAUCGUCUACGAGGUGGUGACCGACAGCUGGCUUACGUACGUGGAGGGCAUGUGUGUCAUCUGGUUCACCAUUGAGGUGAUGGCACGCGUGGUCUUCUGCCCGGACAAGGUCGAGUUCUUCAGGAGCACCCUCAACAUCAUCGAUUUCAUUGCCAUCAUGCCCUUCUACCUGGAGGUGGGGCUGAGCGGCCUGUCCUCCAAAGCCGCCAAGGACGUAUUGGGGUUCCUGCGUGUAGUCCGCUUCGUCCGUAUCCUGCGUAUCUUCAAGCUGACCCGCCACUUCGUGGGGCUUCGCGUCCUGGGCCAUACGCUCCGCGCUAGCACCAAUGAGUUCCUCCUGCUCAUCAUCUUCCUUGCUCUCGGAGUGCUCAUCUUCGCCACCAUGAUCUACUAUGCCGAGCGCAUCGGCGCAGACCCCAACGACCCUACAGCUGCCAAACACACAAACUUCAAGAACAUCCCCAUUGGCUUCUGGUGGGCUGUGGUCACCAUGACCACUCUGGGCUAUGGGGACAUGUACCCCGAGACGUGGUCGGGGAUGCUGGUGGGUGCGCUGUGCGCCCUGGCGGGGGUGUUGACCAUCGCCAUGCCUGUGCCCGUCAUCGUCAACAAUUUUGGCAUGUACUACUCACUGGCCAUGGCUAAGCAGAAGCUGCCCAAGAAAAAGGGCAAGCACAUCCCCCGGCCCACCAUGCCAGGCUCGCCCAACUACUGCAAGCCCGACGCCCUCGCCCUGGCCACUGCCUCGCCACAUAGGAUCCUGGGUAAUGUACUCGGCGAGGUGAUCUGGUCCAGAGGCCUCGACUGCCCCCUCGCUCAAGAGGAGAUCAUAGAAAUCAACCGAGAGUCCAAGCAGAACGGCGAUGCGGCCACUGCGGUCCUGGCGAACGAGGACUGCCCCACCAUUGACCAGGUGCUGAGUCCGGAGCGAGAGGGUGCCCGAAUAACACGAGAACGCUACCAGCAGGAUCGUGCUUGCUUCCUGCUCAACACCAUGGAAUUCCGUGCCACAGAUGGGAAUGUGCGGAAAGUGUUAAGUUUCUAGCAUUGGCCUUUUCUCUGAAGAAGACUGAGACUGAAUACUGAGUCAGUUAAUCAGAAAUUGUCGGAGGGAGCCACUUUACCAAGACGUGUGACACAGAUGGACAGUUAAAAGGCGGAUCUUUGGUGUGACGAGCAAUACCGGAGGGUAAUCAAGAUGAACAUUAGGUUGGAUCUUUAUGCUGUUACCAAAGCAGCCUCUUGGCAACUCCGACCACCCUUUUGAAGACUGUCCGACAGAUCACAAUAACUGACUGAGCAUUGCAGAGAAAAGGACUCCUACUGCAACAUUCCAGAAGACGUUAUAUUGUGACGCUCAACCAUCUCAUACAGUAACAAAUAACCGACUGCAGUGCUGAUCUACUGAGUAACUUAGUGAAUUCAUGAAUUAUCACUCACCUAUACACGAGAGACCAGGUCUAACUGACUAUGUAGCAUCUCUGCUAACACUGUAGCAUUUGUUGGCAGGGAAAAUAUUGUCAUGACCUUAUCCAUCAACAGUUUGAAGAGAGUGAUGUGAAAAUACACACUAAAUCAAAACUUGACAUGCCUUCUUCCUCUUGUGAUACUUACCUUUACAAGAAACUAUUGUACAUAAGAGACAAAGACAGGUUGCACCUCAAAAGUUUAUUUGGGAAACGUGUAACAACAACUAAACCAGUUAAAGGCUAAAUUAACAGAGAACUGAAUUUAGACAUGUUAUGUCUGUUCUCCCACCUCAUGAGUUCAUGACUUGUGGAAGUUAGAGAUUGGUUAUCAUUCAAGACUUUACGUAUUCCAUUCAUUUCCAUUCAAUAUGGAACAAUGAUCCCAGGACACCAACAUAUGUACUUAUUACACUAUGAUACAGUACAUACUGUAUGUCGAUGACCAUACCAAAUGGAUGUAGCAUCAACCGAGAACCUAUUAGUACUACAUCCACUACAUAUACAAAAGUAUGUGGACACCCCUUCCAAUUAGUGGAUUCGGCUAUUUCAGCCACACCUGUUGCUGACAGGUGUAUAAAAUAAAGCACACAGCCAUGCAAUCUCCAUAUACUUUGGCAGUAGAAUGGCCUUACUGAAAAACUGUGACUUUCAACGUGGCACCUAAUAGGAUGUGACCUUUCCAACAAGUCAGUUUGUCAAAUUUUUGCCCUGCUAGAGCUGCCCCGGUCCACUAUAAGUGCUGUUAUUGUGAAGUGGAAACGUCUAGUAGCAACAACGGCUCGGUGGUAGGCCACACAAGUCCAAACUGCAUCUGGGAAAGGGGACACCUAGUCAGUUGUACAACUGAAUGCAUUCAACUGAAAUGUCUUCUGCAUUUAACCCAACCACUCUGAAUCAGAGAGGUGUGGGGGGCUGCCAUAAUCGACAUCCACAGCACCCGGGGAACAGCAGGUUAACUGCCUUGCUCAGGGGUAGAAUAACAGAUUUUUAUCUUGUCAGCUCGAGGAUUCAAUCCAGCAACCUUUCAGUUACUGGCCCAACGCUCUAACCACUAGGCUACCUGCUGCCCAUCUGGAAGCAAUGUCUGCACAAGAACUGUUCAUCGAGAGCUUCAUGAAUUGGGUUUCCUUGGCCGAGUGGCCGCACACAAGCCCAAGAUCACCAUUUGCAGCUGGAGUGGUGUAAAGCUUGCCGCCAUUGGACUCUGGAGCAGUGGAAACACAUUUUCUGGAGUGAAGAAUCAUGCUUCACCAUCUGGCAGUCCGACAGACUGGGUUUGGCGGAUACCAGGAAAUUCUACCUGUGCCAAAGCAUAGUGCCAACUGUAAAUUUUGGUGAAGGAGGAAUAAUGGCCUGGGGCUGUUUUUCAUGGUUUGGGCUAGGCCUCUUAGUUCCAGUGAAGGGGAAACCUUAACGCUACAGCAUACAAU